AUGUCAGGCUCAAGGGAGGAAACAAAGAUCUGCUUCCCAUCCCCACGCCAUGGUGGAUAUCACAAAUUAGGGUCUGGCGAGAGACAUCAAGAGGUUAGUGGAAAAUUAGCCGGAGGGAUCUGCUCAAAUUACGUCACAAACGAUACCCUUGUGAGUCACGGGUCCGAAUCGUGUGCUCCUUGCAGAACGCGACUCGAACUCACGUCACAGCAUCAUCCCGCUUCUUUCAUCAGCUCCAACCGUAGGCUUCAGUCGAGCCUACACAGCCGUCCAUCUCCUGACGGCAUGACGACUUCGCCGAACAGCAACAGCCUCAAGUUCUCCAUUGCCGAGCUGAUGCAUUCAGCCAGCCAGGCCCAACGGGUCAUCGCCCUGGGCCUCGAGAACGGCAGCAGCGCCUCUUGUCAAACCACAGCUCUAUCGCCAUGGCAACGGCAGAUGCAGAGGCUGCAGGCUAUUUCCAAACCUCAGAAGCAAGAGUUGGGCUUUGUUGGAAGUCAUGCCGACAAGAGUCGGGAGCUGACGAUGGAGGAGGAAGAAGAAGAUGAAGAAGAGGAGGUAGAAAAAGAAGAAGAAGAAGAGGAGGAGGAGGAGGAGGAGGAGGAAGAAACAGAAGAG